AGGAAGUAUUCGCGUUUUUGUUUCCGGAAAAUCCCAGUUACACAUAACUAGUACAGCUACUCAAAAAGCUCUCACACAAGGAGAGUUUUUACUUUUAGUCUUACUAUUCGGUCUGCCUCCGUUCAGUAAAGUAGUAGCAACCUCCAAGCACCAGACCAUGGGCAAGCGUAGUUCCACGCAGGAAAAGGGCGGCUCGCCGGCGCCCCUUCGCCGUGGAAAUGGGGGGGGGGGGCAGAAGACCACUGCCACGACUCUCCAGGUGGGGGCGGCGACUGCGGUUUUGCCGCACUUGGUCGGAGCGGUGGCGCAAGAACCGCGUUUCCUGGACAACGAAGGACCGCUAUGCAUCGCAAAGAUGUUGCAACAACCGGGUCGUCUACUGGGAGAUGAUAGAUUGCAAACCUGUGAUGCUGAAAACGCUGGAGCUACUACCUAGCACACAAGAAAAAUCUGCGUUGUAUCAUGUAUGAGCCGCAAUAUUAGACAGAAGUUGUUGCCCACUCAUUCUUGUCACGGAAGGACGAGUGCCAAAUUUCUGAUGCGGGGUACUUAGGUGUGAAGAAGCCUUCGGAAAAGGUAUAAAAAGGAGUGCUUAUAUGUGCGUCCCGAAUGAUCCUCUGCCUCUGCCUGUCCGUGACAAACAAACGCAUAAUUCAUCUCCCAGAGGGCCCAGGUAUUUUUUUCAUUUGAUAACGGUCGCACAUGAUGCUGCUCCCGGAGGAGAACGAGCUCGGGAAAAAUCCAGCCCCCGCCGGAAACGCAGGAUCCACCACGGCUGAGCAGGACAGUGGUCAGUACCGCUUCGCGGCGGUGCGAAGUCCGCGCACCGCGGCGGCCGUCUCCCGCCAGGCGGCGAAGGUUGGCCGGGACGGAGCUUCUUCCACUGCGGCAAGGAGUGAUUUGUUGGAGCCGGCGGAAUUCAUGGGCGAAGAUCAGUCCGGGGCUGAAGUUCUUGAUGCCGAGUCGUUUCCGUUUUUCGCGGAGUUCGCAGCCGACACGCACACGUUUUUGGAAGGUGCGAACAUGCUCGGGUUCUUCCGCGACAAGGCGAACACUCAAAGCUCUCAGACGAAGAAGCAGGGGAAAGCGGCGCGCGCGGCGAAGGAGAAGGUCGCGGCUUCGAGGUCCGCUUCCGCGGCGGUGGAUGAAGAUUACAAAUACCCUACAGAGGCGCUGAGUGGAAGAUGGACAAACUCCAACGAAGAAUGGGCAAAUAAUAACAAAAAAAAUCUCCAAUCGGCGGGGCAGUACUUGCAAGGUACUAAUGGGGGGCACUUGGCCCGCAAGGCCGGAUCAGCCAUGAAUUCUGCUGGGUCAGCGGUUGGAGAGAAAUUCAGCGCGGUUGGAGAGAAAUUCAGCGAAGCAGGGAGCAAUUUGAUUAAAGCGAAUAACUGGUUAAACGAGCACGCGUUUUAG